AAAUAGUGUGGAGCCGACGGGAGUGUUAUCGUACUUGGAUAAUAAUUAAGAUGACGUUCCCAUACGCCGAAGCAAAAGGUCCCGUACCAAUAAAAAUGGGGGACGAAUCAAUUAUAACGAAGAUGCUCUAGCAUAUGAUAUGGUAGGUUCUUAUGAUCCUUUUCGGUUGGUUCCACCACAUCAUUAUACAUCGAGAAAUCCUGCGCCGUUUCGAGUAUCAGUUUCGAUGAACGUUAUGCUCUUGAUGGAUUUCCACGCUCAUUUGGCGCAUACGGAAAUAAUUGGUUUACUUGGUGGUCAUUAUUUUUCUGAUCGUGAAAUCAUGGAAGUAAUAUACGUAUAUCCUUGUAAAAGUUCAAGUACUGGAUUUCAGUGUGAAAUGGAUCCUGCGUCUGAAGUUGCAGCUAGGGAAGUUUUCGCUGAGAAAGGUCUUGAAUUUGUUGGAUGGUAUCAUUCUCACCCAACAUUUGAUCCUCAACCUUCUAUUAGAGAUAUUGAAAACCAGACUCAAUAUCAGGAAAUGUGGCGACGCGAAGACGGUGUGGAACCAUUUAUCGGUGUUAUUGUUACACCGUAUGAUAUUGAACAUGAUUCUAAUGUAUCAAGAUUUCAAUUUUGGAUGAGUGGUACAAAUUACGAUCUUUCUGGACAAUUCAGAACGCCUUAUUCAUGCCAGCAUUCAUUUUUACAAAAUGAAAACUUGCAAGAAGAAACAUUUUCACAAAUGGCGAGUUUAGUCGAAGAAUAUCAUAAUUACGAUCAGCGCGUUAAUAUGAGUGAAACUUAUCGGAAAGAUGAAGAAGUUUCAAGGCUUGAUAAAUUGAUCGAGUCAUUGUCAUCACAUAUAAAUGUUUCCUCAAAGGCAGCUGAAACCUUUAUUUCUCAAGUAAGGGAAUUAAUGAGUGAUGACUUCCGUCCCAAUAAGAAUGAAGAAGCAAGCAAACUCGGAAGUGAUGCAACAAAAGAAUCAAUAUUAAGUUAAAAGCUUUAGGGUUUAGAAAUAAUUAAAGUUAUUAUUACUAUUAUACGUUAUUUCUUAUUCUUAUUUGAUCAAUUGUGUUUUUUUUUGACAUUGGUCAGAUCGUUGGGGUUUGUGUUGCAAAUUAGUUUUUGAAUGCAUCGGAUUUUUUCAUUGUACCAAAACUUGAUUUUUUUCUUUUCACAAAUUUAAGAUUUACAUCUCACAUGACACAUAAAGUAGAAAUUCAGCCAACUGUCCCCAACUUGUAUACAAAUAUUGUAAUUGGCGGGUAUUCUAACCGAUUUUGUAUUUUUGUUUAUUGACAGUAUUAUAUUUAUCAGAUUUUUUCAAAAAAAAAAAAAAAAAAAAAACUGG